GCAGCCCAUAGUUUUACUAGUGCCUACAGCGGCUUCCACGUAGGAUUUGGAUUUUUUUUUUAAAGAGGAUUUUGUGGCUUUAAAAAAAAAAAACAAACAAACUUUGAAAAGCGCUGGUCAGACAGUUUUUUUUUUUACCACCAAGGAAACUGAGGCCCAGAAAGAGGAAGUGACUUGUUUAAGAUCACACAGCAAAUAGUAGUUGAGAGAGUCAAGGAGUCAGAGUCACAUUUAAGAGGACCUGGCUUGGGGUCCCUGCUGGAAAGAGACCUGAUUGGGUUUCACAGUAGCCUUAGUGACUUGCGCUGUGGCUGUGUCCCAGCCAGAUCCCCAGUGCCUGGGAGACAGCAGCCCAACCUGGGGCUAGCCAGUUGUGUCGUGGGGCUGGAGAAAGAGAACACAGCCGGGAAGAGUGCAUAGCCCUCUCUGGCCAAACCCAGCACUCUGGAGAGACCCACCAAGGGAAGCUGGAAGUAUACAGGCAGCCUCCCGGUUUGAGACAACUGGGAACUCAGAGGAGCCACCAGGCCUCAUCCUGCCCCUCAGCUCGGUCCAUCCCGGCCCCAUGCCCCCGCCAGUCAGCCCCGGGCCACAGGCAGUGAGCAAGUACGCGGGAGCCGAGGCCCUGUGACCAGGCCAAGGAGACGGGAGCUCUGGGGUCCCGGCCACCUGACCCCCCAUGGAGCUGAGGCCCUGGUUGCUAUGGGUGGUAGCAGCAGCAGGAAUCUUAGUCCUGCUGGCGGCUGAUGCCUGUGGCCAGAAGAUCUUUACCAACACGUGGGCCGUGCACAUCCCCGGAGGCCUGGCCGUGGCUGACAGCGUGGCACGAAAGCAUGGGUUCCACAACCUGGGCCAGAUCUUUGGUGACUAUUACCACUUCUGGCAUCGAGCGGUAACAAAGCGGUCCCUGUCGCCUCACCGCCUGCGGCACAGCCGGCUGCAGAGAGAGCCUCACGUACUGUGGCUGGAGCAGCAGGUGGCAAAACGACGGAGCAAGCGGGACGUGUACCAGGAACCCAGCGACCCCAAGUUUCCCCAGCAGUGGUACCUGUCUGGUGUCACGCAGCGGGACCUGAAUGUGAAGGAGGCCUGGGCCCAGGGCUUCACAGGGCAAGGCAUCGUGGUCUCCAUCCUGGACGACGGUAUCGAGAAGAACCACCCAGACUUGGCAGGCAAUUAUGAUCCUGAGGCCAGUUUUGAUGUGAAUGACCAGGACCCUGACCCCCAGCCUCGGUACACACAGAUGAAUGACAACAGGCACGGUACACGCUGUGCGGGUGAAGUGGCCGCUGUGGCCAACAACGGCGUUUGUGGCGUAGGCGUGGCUUACAACGCCCGCAUUGGAGGGGUACGCAUGCUGGACGGCGAGGUGACUGAUGCCGUGGAGGCACGCUCGCUGGGCCUGAAUCCCAAUCACAUCCACAUCUAUAGCGCCAGCUGGGGCCCUGAGGAUGACGGCAAGACAGUGGAUGGGCCAGCCCGCCUGGCAGAGGAGGCCUUCUUCCGGGGGGUUAGCCAGGGCCGUGGGGGACUGGGCUCCAUCUUUGUCUGGGCCUCGGGGAACGGGGGCCGGGAACAUGACAGCUGCAACUGUGACGGCUACACCAACAGCAUCUAUACACUGUCCAUCAGCAGCGCCACGCAGUUCGGCAAUGUGCCGUGGUACAGCGAGGCCUGCUCGUCCACACUGGCCACCACCUACAGCAGUGGCAACCAGAAUGAGAAGCAGAUCGUGACCACUGACUUGCGGCAGAAGUGCACAGAGUCUCACACGGGCACCUCGGCCUCUGCCCCUUUAGCAGCUGGCAUCAUCGCUCUCACCCUGGAGGCCAAUAAGAACCUCACCUGGCGGGACAUGCAGCACCUGGUGGUGCAGACCUCAAAGCCAGCCCACCUCAACGCUAAUGACUGGGCCACCAAUGGUGUGGGCCGCAAAGUGAGCCACUCGUAUGGCUAUGGGCUAUUGGAUGCAGGUGCCAUGGUGGCCCUGGCCCAGAACUGGACAACGGUGGCCCCCCAGCGGAAGUGCAUCAUUGACCUCCUCACUGAGCCCAAGGAUAUUGGCAAGCGGCUGGAGGUGCGUAAGACUGUGACGGCGUGCUUUGGUGAGUCUAGCCACAUCACCCAGCUGGAGCACGUUCAGGCGCGGCUUACCCUGUCCUACAAUCGCCGUGGUGACCUGGCCAUCCACCUCGUCAGCCCCAUGGGCACCCGCUCCACCCUGCUGGCUGCCAGGCCACACGACUACUCUGCAGACGGCUUUAAUGACUGGGCGUUCAUGACGACGCACUCUUGGGACGAAGACCCCUCUGGUGAAUGGGCCCUGGAGAUUGAAAACACCAGUGAAGCCAACAACUAUGGGACGCUCACCAAGUUCACUCUUGUCCUGUAUGGCACAGCCCCUGAGGGGCUCCCCCCAGCUCCCGAGAGCAGCGGCUGCAAGACCCUCACGUCCAGCCAGGCCUGUGUGGUGUGUGAGGAAGGCUUCUCCCUGCACCAGAAAAGCUGUGUCCAGCACUGCCCACCAGGCUUCACGCCCCAAGUCCUUGAUACACACUACAGCACAGAGAAUGACGUGGAAACCAUCCGGGCUAGUGUCUGUGCCCCUUGCCAUGCCUCGUGUUCCACGUGCCAGGGUCCAGCCCCCACAGACUGCCUCAGCUGCCCCAGCCACGCCUCCCUGGACCCUGUGCAGCAGACAUGCUCCCGGCAAAGCCAGAGCAGCCGAGAGUCCCGGCCGCAGCAGCCGCCACCCGGGCUGCCCCCGGAGGUGGAGGUGGAGCCACGGCUGCAGGCUGGACUGCUGCCCUCACACCUGCCAGAGGUGGUGGCCGGCCUCAGCUGCGCCUUCAUCGUGCUGGUCUUUGUCACUGUCUUCCUGGUCCUGCAGCUACGCUCAGGCUUCAGCUUCCGGGGGGUGAAGGUGUACACCAUGGACCGUGGCCUCAUCUCCUACAAGGGGCUGCCCCCUGAGGCCUGGCAGGAGGAGUGCCCAUCCGACUCAGAGGACGAUGAGGGCCGGGGCGAGAGGACCGCCUUUAUCAAAGACCAGAGCGCCCUUUGACGAGCCCGCUGCCCGCCCCUCAAGCUGACCCCCUCCUUGGGCACUUUUUAAUUCACCAAAGUAUUUUUUUAUCUUGGGACUGGGUUUGGACCCCAGCGGGGAGGCAAGAGGGAUUGAGGCUGCUUCCCACCUGGCUGCCUGAGGUGGGACCCCAGGACCAGCUAGGGGCUGGAGAGGGCCUCACCUCAGCCUAGUACCCUCCACAUGGAGAAAAGAGUGAGAUCCUUAGGGCAGCUUUCCAAGGCCAAGGUCUCAGCCAGAGUUCCUGCGGAGCAGAGGGGCAGCCCUUCUUGGGGCUCCUGACCCAGGCUGGCCCCUCCCUGUCCCUCGAAAGCAAUAAUGGUUCCCAUCCAGGCAGCAGGGAGGCCGGCCUAGGUGGUGUUCAAAUGAGGCAGCCACCUCCCUAAGGGCUUUUGCACCCCGAUCCUGUCCUGCACCUCUGGUGAGCCUCUGGUGGCAGAAGCCAAGAUCAUAGGAAGGGACCAAGGCAAGACAGGUGUUUGCAGGUGUGCACGUGUGUGCCUGUAUCCCUGCUUGUCUCUGCGCUCUGGGCCUCCACCACAGCUGGCUGCCAGGCUAAGCUGGCUGGCACUGCCAGUAUUGGCAGAGCCCCAUACUGGUGUCCUGACCACCCUCUCCUCUCUGGCACCCUCCCCUCCCGCCAGGGCCCAAGUCCCUGUUUUCUGAGCCCGGGGCUGCCUGGGCUGUUGGCACUCACAGUCCCGAGCCCCUGGGUGGGUGGUGGGGAGGGACGGUGGCCCGGCCGGCCUCUCUCGCCUCCCACCCGAUGCUGCUUUCCCCUGUGGGGAUCUCAGGAGCUGUUUGAGGAUAUAUUUUCACUUUGUGAUUAUUUCACUUUAGAUGAUUUUUUUUUUUUUGUAUUUUUUAACGGGGGUAGCAGCUGGACCACCCACUCCUCACACCCACUGUCCACCCUGCUCUCCCCCUGGCUGCCCAGCCCUGAGGUGUAGGGGCCAAAGUACAUUGCUGAGUGAGGAGUGACUGGGCCCCAAGUCCCAAAAAGGCAAGCCAGCCAGGUGGGCUCCAGGAAAGGGACUCCAGGAAAGUGGGAGGGAUAGACUGACAUCUGUUUCAAAUGGGGCUUGUGCCAAGGGCUUAUGGGUCACUGGCUCUCGGGGUUGGGCAGGUGGGCACCAAGCCCCCUCUAACACUGUGCCCUGGUGGAGAAAGCACUGACCUAUCAGGCCCCCAAAUCCCCUCUUCUGACGUGCCUUUUGCACCCCUCCCAUUAGGACAAUCAGUCCCCUCCCAUCUGGGAGCCCCCUUUUAUUUCCCCUAGCCCUUCCUGGUACCCAGCCACCUGCCCAGGGGUGCCCCCUCCUCUUCUUUCCCAUCCCCCCACCCUCGUGGCCAGCCCAGCUGGUUUUGUAAGAUACUGGGUUGGUGCACAAUGAUUUUUUUUUUCCUUGUAAUUUAAACAGGCCCAGCAUUGUUGGUUCUAUUUAAUGGACACAGAUAAUGUUAGAGGUUUUAAAGUGAUUAAACGUGCAGACUAUGCAAACCAG